CCAUGCUCUCCCAUUCAAACCUCCAGGAGGGUCCAGGACUCCCUCAGAGAAACACACUGAUUCACACGCGCGCGCGCGCACGCACGCGCACACGGCUGUCAGGCGUGUCAGAGAAGCGCUCGAGCCUCUCAGCCGGGCUGCGGGCGCCGCCGGCUCCUCCUGACCGGAAAAUGAAGCGUCUCUGUCGGAGGCUGGCGGUGGCCGUGGCGGUGCUGGUGUGGCUGGGGGCGCUGGUUUACCUGCUGGUGCUGAGCCGGAGGAGGCUGCCUGAGCUCGGUACCGGAGCAGGAGCAGGGGGUGGAGGAGGAGGAGGAGGAGUAGCGGGAGGCGGAGAGACGGCGUACAACCAGAUCUCAGAUGCAGAGUGGGAGGACAUGUUGGAGGAUUUUGAUGAGAGAAGUUACCUGAACGCUCGGCGCUGGAAGCCCGGUGACGACCCGUACACCCUGUACGCCUUCAACCAGAGAGAGAGCGAACGCAUCCCCAGCAACCGUGCCCUGAGAGACACAAGACACUACAGGUGCACCACCCUUCACUACGACUCUGAUCUUCCUCCAACCUCCAUCAUCAUCACGUUCCACAAUGAGGCCAGAUCCACCCUGCUGCGCACCAUCAGGAGUGUUUUGAACAGAACUCCGGUUCAUCUCAUCCAUGAGAUUAUUCUGGUCGACGACUUCAGUGAUGACGAAAGUGACGGUCAGCUUCUCACCAAACUGCCUAAAGUCAAAUGUAUUCGCAACAACAAAAGAGAAGGUCUGAUCAGGUCCAGAGUGCGGGGGGCUGACGCCGCGAGGGCCGGGGUGCUUACCUUCCUGGACAGCCACUGUGAGGUCAACAAAGACUGGCUGCCCCCCUUGCUGCAGAGGAUCAAACAGGACCCAACCCGUGUGGUCAGCCCGGUCAUCGACAUCAUCAACAUGGACACUUUUGCCUACGUGGCGGCCUCCGCUGAUCUCCGUGGAGGUUUUGAUUGGAGUCUCCAUUUUAAGUGGGAGCAGCUGUCACCUGAACAGAGAGCUCGUCGGACCGACCCUACCCAGCCAAUCAAGACUCCCAUCAUCGCGGGAGGGCUCUUUGUCAUUGACAGGUCCUGGUUCAAUCACCUCGGCAAAUACGACACUGCCAUGGACAUCUGGGGCGGGGAGAACUUUGAGAUUUCGUUCCGGGUGUGGCAGUGUGGAGGCAGUCUGGAGAUCCUGCCCUGCAGCAGAGUGGGUCACGUCUUCAGGAAGAAACACCCGUACGUCUUCCCUGAGGGUAACGCCAACACAUACAUCAAGAACACACGGCGCACAGCUGAGGUGUGGAUGGACGACUUUCGUCUCUUUUACUACUCUGCUCGCCCUGCAGCACGAGGAAAAUCAUACGGAGAUAUACGAGGCAGAGUGGAACUCCGCAAGAAGCUCAAGUGCAAAUCCUUUAAGUGGUACUUGGACAACGUCUACCCAGAGCUCAAGGUCCCAGACGACUCUGACUCUCAGUCCGGGGUGAUCAGGCAGCGGCAAAACUGUCUGGAGUCUCGGAGGUUGGAAGGCCAGGAGCUGCCCGUCCUCACACUGGCUCCCUGUAUAGGAACAGAGGGGGUGCCCGCCAUCAACCAGGAGUGGGUGUACACUCACGGGCAGCAGAUCCGACAGCAGCAGCACUGUCUGUCUCUGUCCACCACCUUCCCUGCCUCCCAGGUCCUGCUGCUGCCCUGCAACAUGGCCGACGGCAAGCAGCGGUGGCAAAAGUCUGGGACUCACUUGGAGCACCUCGUCUCUCGCUUCUGCCUGGACUCGGAGAUGGCGCUGGACGGGAUGGACUCUUCUCGAAUGCUGGUCAUUAGCCCCUGUGAACUGAGCGCGUACACACAGAGAUGGGAAGUGCCCUUCUCCUGACCCCUGACCCCGUGACCUUUCACCUCCAAAAAGCCUGCCCUGUCACCCAUUCACAGCCUCAAAUACCUGGGCAGAGACAGCUGUAGACAGCAUGAGCACGUCAUUUGAAGGUGCUGCGUUGAGGGCAGCUGAAUGGAAAGCUUCAUCAUGAGAAGGAAUCAAGUGUGGAUCUGUCAGGUCUAAUGUCCUGAUUUAUUGAAGAUAAGUGCUGGAAGAGACAUGUCAGAAAUGUCAGGUCUGAGAUUACAAUGUGUAUGAUUGAGGCUGUUAAUAAGUUUUUGGAAGAGUCAAACCAAGUGCACCUUAAAACUCUGACCUGUCAAAGAUUCCAGUCGGACAGAAACUUUGCCUGAGGGAAAAAUAUCAAAGGAUGUGUCUUGUAAUCUUCUGCAAUUGCAGUGUCAAGAAUCUGAGAAUUAAAACCAAGCACAACUUCAGUUUCUAGUUCACUUGGUUAAAUAACUGUCAGUGUCUUUACUGUAGUAUAAGCAACCAGACUUUCAAGUGACAAAUCCAUUCUUAGUUGACCAGGAACUCAAAAAAAAAGCCUCGCGGAAACUGACUGAUUGGUUUUGGUCUUUUUUUGAAGUGAAUUGAAGCAUGAACAGAUUCUAUUAAGUCUGAUCUUGCUUUAAAUUUCAAAAUCCAUUACUUAAAACUUUACUUAAAAAUUAAGAGCACACAAUCUGAGUUUUUUUUUCAAUCCAGCUGACCAAACUCUCAACAAGCAGGAGCUGAAUAACUGCACUGAAGGGAAAAAAAUCUACUCACAUGUGGAAAAUGACAGCUACUGUAAUCGGCAAGUUUCAAAAUAACUUGGUAACACUGCUUUGUAAGACGGACCCCCAGAUUGCUUUGUACCAAGAGAGAGUAAAAGGAAAACAGAACCAAAAGAUCUAAAAUUGGCAAGUCUGGGUUUGUCUGGAUGGAGCCCUCACUCUUUUACUAUUUAGGAUAGCUUCUAUAAUGCUCUUAAAAUUAAACUGUUCUGUUGGCUGUAGGCUGUUUAAAUGACCACAAUUUCCCCAUAAAACCUUUGCCUAUCACAGCUUCCUUGGCCAUGUCAGCAGAACUGAUCGCAGAAGAAGAAUAGAGGUGAAGGAAAGACACAAAGGUGGGCAAAACCAUGUAGGGAAGAUGCAAGAGGGAACACAAAAGCUAGAUUUUAGAACAGGGUAGCAGGCACUGGCAGAGCUACUGGUGCAAAGACAGACGUCCAGAUAAACUCAAACACCAGAUAUGGACGACAUUUGAAACAGGAAUAAGCUGAAGCACAGACAGAAAAGGGCUACAGGUGUAUAUAGAGACAAACAGGCACAAUGAGAAGUAAUACAAAGAGAACAGCAUGUAUGCAGCACAUCUCGUUCUGUCUGCUAUUGUGGGCAUCGAUCAGCAGAUUUUCUGUGGCCUCAAGGAUGCGGCGGCUGCUGCUUUACAUUGCACGUCCCUUGUGAAGUGCUGCUGUGCAUGUGACAAUUUUGUUUGUUUGUUUUCUCUUUGUCUCCACACUUUAACUUUAUCAAACUGGGGGAAAAGCUUUACUCACAAUGUUCUUUCAGUUGCCCUAAAUGCCCUUAUGACGCUUGUUAGCAUCAUUUAUGUUUCUUGUGUAAGUUUGAAAGGAUUUACAGAAGUGAUUAUACUGCUUGGGGGUUUAUUCUCAGUUAAAAGCAGCCAAACCUUUUGGUGUCUCACAUAGCUGAGAUUGUUUUUAUUUCUGAGCACACUGAGAGGACAUGAAUGGGGAUGUUUUUUAACAGACAAACUGCAGCUGCUGUGGAGAUCUAACCCGUGACCCUCCAGUCAUUUGAGAUGUCUUCUUUGGUUUCCAGCCGAGUCAAAACACAACUCAAAUUAACUAUAGACCUACAACUGUUCAAGUAAUCUUCUCUAAACCUCGCUCACAAGCAUUUUGCAAGAAUAGUGGGUCUUUUUUUCAAGUGUUUCCAAUUCUGGGAACAUAUUCUCUACAGACUGUGUCCCUCUUCCCUGUGUUUGACAUCAUCAACUGCAUCAUUUUGAUAUCCUGUCUGACUCCUGAAUAAAGGUUUUAUAAUGGCUGUUAACAUUUUAUUGAUAUGGCUGUGAUGUUUGCAGGUGCAGUAUGGCAAACUGAAACUGACACACAACAUUUGAAAUCAAUAAACUAAAAGUCGAAAUAUA